AUGGAGGUGGAUACAAUACUUUCAAGUAUACUAGCAAUUUCAGUAAUUUCUAAUGAUAAGUUUGGUAUAAUAAAAUAUAUAGUAGAAUUAAAUCUUUCUCAUUUAGAGAAUAUUCCAAUUGAAACAGGAAAAAUAGAAGAACUUUAUAAAAUAUAUGAAAGAUUUGCUAAGAAGAUAGAAUCUGAAAUCACACAAACUGUGCAAGAGAAUAAUAUAAGUGAUAAAGAUCACAAAGAAUUAUUACCAAAUAGAAAUUGGCAAAAAGUCUUACAAGAUAAUUCAAAUAUAG